UUUCCUUUUCAUUUCACUCUUAAGCUCUACAUUUUUCCUUUAAUGUCGCUCAUUAGAGAGUCACAACACCUCCAUGUACCCUUUAGAGAUAUUAAAUUCGCCACUAAAAACUUCACAACCUUGAUCGGAAGUGGUGGAUUUGGCUAUGUUUAUAAAGGAGAACUCUCACUUUCAGGUAAACUUACCUCUGUUGCUGUGAAGCGACUACCAAAUAAUAAUAACCAUUCUGGUCAAGGUCUUAAGGAGUUCUUAACAGAGAUUCAAUUACUCUCCCGCUAUAAACAUCCAAAUCUAGUCUCCCUUCUUGGUUACUGUGAUGAAGAUGAUGAGAAGAUCCUUAUUUACGAGUACGCAAGUUAUGGAAGCCUCGACAGGUACCUAAGUAUGUCUAAUACAACGUUUCCACUCACAUGGAAGCAACGAAUCAGUAUAUGCAUUGGAGCAGCACGGGGUUUGGAUUAUCUUCAUAACCAUGUUGCAGAAAAUCAUAGAGUUAUCCACAGGGAUAUAAAGAGUGCGAAUAUUCUAUUAGAUCACAACUGGAAAGCUAUGAUUUCAGAUCUGGGUCUUUCCAAGAUAGGUCGUGCAAAUGAAAAUGAGAGUUAUCUCAUUACAAAUGUUGCUGGCACACAUGGGUAUUGUGAUCCUGUGUACAUGAAAACAGGUAUCCUCACAAAAGAGUCGGAUGUUUAUUCAUUUGGGGUGGUGUUGUUUGAAGUCUUAUGUGGGAGGCCGUGCUUCAUGAACGUAGAUGGUGAAGAGCGAUUCUUACCCAAACUAGCCCAGACCUGCUACGAAAGGGGAAAUUUAAAUGAUAUAAUUGAUCAUGAUUUGAAGAAACAAAUGGCCUCAGAUUCCUUGAAUAUGGUCUCAAAGAUUGCAUAUCAGUGCUUGCAGAAUGAUCGGAAACAGCGACCCUCAAUGGGAUUGGUGGUAGAGAAACUUGAGAAAGCUUUGGAUUUGCAAGAAGUUGACGAAAAAUCGGUUACCACUUCACAAUUGUUGGAGGGCAUCACAAUACUAUUAUCUUUGAUAUUGACAAGAAAACAACAAAUAAUAGUAUUAAUAAUAAUAUUUUUAUAUUUAUUAUUUUUAUAUCUACUAUUGAUGUUACUAUUAUCACUAGUUAGUAGAACUGUAUAUAACUUCAUUCCUUAGGUACCCAACCGGCCGUUCCCCUCACGCAAUAAUUUAUGUUGGUAAAGUUGUCUUCCAUCUGCAUCUCUCUAGUAAUAUGUAAAAAAUAUAAGUGUAAAUCCAUAAUGGUAAUUCCAU